AUGGCGCGUUUUCUGGCCUUCUCUCUCGUAUUUGCAGCUGUCAUCUCCUCAGCAUGGACGAAGGAGAUUCGUAACCCUCCUCGCCUCCAGGCCUAUGAGAGUGGUGCCGUCCAUAAUGGAAUCAUGGAUAUGAAGCAUCGCCUUUGGAGCGCAAAAGAAGCAGCAGGUGCUUUCAACUCGGCACGUUACAGCAAGAUCGAGGACUUCACUCCUUGUAUCAACGGCACGGCCGGUGAAUUCCGUUGCAACAACAUAGAUCUUUACAGUUUCUACUCGCAUGCUGAUCUUGGUAGCCAAACUGGCCAAGGCAGCAGUUCAUGGGGUUGGGUCCAUGAAGGCCGUGAAUAUAUAAUCAUUGCGCAGGCCGACGGUGCGGCCAUCGCUGAGGUCACUGCCGAUGGAAAACUCGACUAUCUUGGUCGGCUUCCCAAGACCCCUGAAGCUGCAGCUGCCAUUUGGAGAGAACUUCGCGUUCUCGACCACUGGCUUAUCGUUGGAUCUGAGGCCGUAAACCACCACGUACAGAUCUUCGACUUACGCAAGAUUCUUGAGAUCACCCCCGAAGAAAAGCCCAAGACAUUCGACCCACGCACUGAUAUCACUGGCCUGUUCAAGGGACUUCCCGUCGGACGCACUCAUAACAUCGUCAUCAACUGGGAUCGUGGAUACGUUGUGUCCGUCGGUUCUCAACCACGAACCAGUGAAUUCGCCGCAGGUCUUGUCUUCAUCGACAUUUCCGAUCCCUCUAAACCUGCCUUGGCUGGUUUCCAGGCCGAUGAUGGCUAUGUCCACGACGCUCAAUGCCUCAUCUACCGCGGUCCUGAUACGAGAUAUGUUGGUCAAGAUGUUUGCUACGGCUAUAAUGAAGAUACUCUCACCAUCUACAACGUGACGGACACGGCCAACGCUUCAAUUAUCUCACGUACCGGUUACGAAGGCGCCUCAUACACUCACCAAGGUUGGGUCUUAGACCCGGAAUGGCAACAAUAUCUAAUUCUCGACGAUGAGCUCGAUGAGGUCAACGGUGCCGGCGCUGCUGCAGAUGGCAACGCCGUCACUUACAUCUGGGACGUUUCUGAUCUCGAGAAUCCCAAGCAAACUGGUCUUUUCAAGACCCCUGGAGUCACCAUCGACCAUAACCAAUACAUAGCCAACGGAAAGGUCUAUCAAUCUAACUAUGGCGCUGGCCUGCGCAUUGUUGACAUUUCUUCUAUCCCUACUGAUCCUACUGGUGGGAGCGUUAAGGAGGUCGGCUUCUUUGACAUCUACCCAGAAGAUGAUGCACGAGCUGGAGGAGGUGCACUCUCUUUCGUCGGUAGCUGGUCCAGCUACGGCCUGUUCCCCAGUGGAAACAUCAUCAUCAACACCAUUGAAAGAGGAGCUUACGUGGUCAGGAUCGCUGAGGAAUAG